CCGCUAGCGUGUUUCGAGCGCGACUUCCACCGUUAGAUGUGCUGCAGCUAGGCUGUAUCCCGCCCCAAAAACCACGGCGCACGAUCGCCCCGUCGCAGGAUCUUAGACACUAGCUCGAAGGGGCCGCACCACCGAUAGCCUAAGGGAUCGUGUACGAUCGAUUGUGAUCACCGGUCGGAAUACGGCCGCUCUAUCCGCUUAUCAGAACCCGGCACGUUUUGCCGUCCGAAAGCGAUCUCGGGCCGCCCGGAUCCCGGGUUCUCAGCUUAUCUGCUCAACAUCUCGCGGAACGUGUGUUUCUGUGUGUUUCUGUGUGUUUGUAAGUGAUUCGAUACGUUUUAUGUUUGUUUAAAACAAUUGCUAGCGUGAGAACGAACCAUCGUCAUCGGCCACCAAGACGAGCAACAUGCCGGAAAAGGAUUCCCUCGAAGCGGAGGGUACCGAGCAGCCGAGUUAUGGUGCGAUCGUGUCGUCGUACAAGUCGUCAGUUGUCGUCCACCCACCACCGCAAACCAGUGCGCAACCACCGCCACAGCAGCAGCACGAUAACGGCAAACGCACGCUGUCGAGUGACAACGACGAUCAGGAUAGUGACGGCAAUCAUCGACAAGAGUCGGCUACCGGAUCGGAGCAGAAAGCAGAAGCACCACCACCAGCGAACGCCACCGGUGAUCAGCGUGGUCACCACGGUCGUUUAUCAGUGGAACGUCAAGAGGCAACGGGAGGCACGACGAAGCACGAUACCGGCGACAACGGCAUCACUACCACAAGCACCAGUGCGAGUGCCGGGCUACCAACGAACAACACACCCUCGGUGAUAACGUCCUGCGCGAAGGUGUUAUCGGAGAGCGCGUCGGGCGUCGGGAGGCCGCCUCUGUCAGUGUACGACGUCAACGAUCAGCUGGUCGGUGGCGAUAGCUCACCACCCCGUUUCUCCACCCUGCACACGGUGAUCAACAGUGCCGGUUACGUAGGCCAUCCGGCCCUUGCCACCGCCUACCAGCAGCACCAUCAUCCUCAUCCGCAUCCUCAUCAUCUUCAGCAGCAGCAGCAGCAGCAGCAGCAACCGACACCACACCAUCCUCAGUGGCCGUGUGAUUUGAGUUACAAACCGGUGGAAAAGCCCACGGCCAGUGUAUCACCGGGACCGGGUGAUCUAGCACCGUCCUCGCACCAUCAUCCGCCACCGACGCCACCAACGCGCUCCGUCUAUCUGGGCGAUCCACACCGAUCGGCUGUGACGGGUGAUCACUCUUCACUGAUGAUCGGAAUGCGUGGCACGCUCCUGGCGAUGUAUCCUUCGUACGCCUCACCGAACGGAGUGGCCGUGUGCCACCAGCUGGACGAAGCGAGUCUCCAUCAGCAACAGCAACAGCAACACCAUCAGAGCCAGCGAGAUGAAGAACUGGCUACGCUGCACCACCAUCUGCACCACUCCUCGCAGCUUCAUCAUCAGCAGCAACAACAGCAGCAACACAGCAUCGAUGAAAUGAUCGCCGAUACGCUCAAGGAUGAGCAUUGUGGGAUCGUGGACACCUAUCUGACGGCUGGUGGAUUGGUCGGUAGCGGUGAGCAUCACCUGGCAGGAGAUUCGCCAACCCACCAUCAUCAGCAUCAUCAACAUCACCAUCACCAGCAGCAACAGCAGCAGCAACAGCAGCAUCAGCUGGCUCAGCAACAACUCCAGCAACAGCAACAGCAACACGAUCAGGAUCUGCAGGAGCUCAAGGAGUACGCACGAUUGUAUCAUAACAACAACGACAAGAGUGUGAUCAACUACAACCAUGCCGCCCAGCAGCAGCAACAGCAGCAGCAUCAGCAUCAUCAUCAGCUCCAGCAUCACCACCACCAGCAUCAGCAUCACCAUACGCACACCAGCAGCGGUGGGGAGUCGCGCAGUCCGGACUACGGGCACGACGAGUUCGAUAGCGGGCUGCAGAGCUUCACUCAGUUGAUUAAUGUGCCUCGAGCGAGCGAUACGGCCGGGUCGGGGGCCACCACCGCCAUGUACCAUCAUCAUCAUCAGCAGCAAGUGUCAGCGGCAGCCGCAGCAGCCGCGGCCGUAGCAGCCACGACGGCAGCUGCCACCGCAGUCCUCGCGAAUGCUAGCGCUGGCCACACCACCCCAACACCCGGACCACCCUCGCUCGGUGUAACGCUUGGUGUGCCACCGUCGGCAGCAUCACCGUCCCCUGCGGAUCAUCUUCUUCAUCCGAACGGUGGCACCGGCACUGGAACCGGUCCUGCGGCCGAUGGAGGGCUGGCGCUCUUCGAUUCACUCCAGGCAGGCGUCCAUUCUGGCGGUCCAGCGUACGGUCGGUGCUCGUACUCGACCAUGCACUACAUGAACGGCAGUCCGUCGCACGAGGCGGCUCACCUGUGGAGUGGCGGGGGUCUCGAUGGUGACUACAUGAAGGGAGCGCUGCCCGCGUUCCAGCGAAUCGCUUCGGCCACCAACACGUCCCGUACCAAUCCGUACGGUUCGCUGGCGGCAGCAUCC